AUGCAGUUCAAGGCCCUUGCGCUUUCCACUUUUGUGGCCACUGCUGCUGCCACCCUUGACGUCGCCUUCAGCGGCUACUACUACGCCGACUGCGUCUCCCCCAGCAUUGAGGCCGCCAACGUCAUCUCUGGUGCCUGUGGGCCUGCCAACGGCCUCCCUCUCAAAUCUUUCUCCGCGCAGAUCUACUCUGGCUCCUGCGAUGCUGGCACAUCGGCUAUCUUGAAAAUGUACACCUCCACGGGCUGCACUGUUGAGUCGUUGUACGGCGAAUACGAGAUCACCAGCGAUACUCAAUGCUUCGCGGUGGAUGCAACAUUCCUGAGCAAUGAGGUUGUUUGUGAGUAAUGGAAUUAUAGUGAGCAAGAUGCUCGAUAAAUGUAUCUAGUUUUCCGGUCUAAGUACAAAGUUGAGAGUCCUGUGCACCCUCUGCCAGCACGGGGAUAUAUGCCAAUUAUAUUCCGGCUGUGAG